AUGUCGCACGGAAGAGACUACCAGCAAUACAGCGGAAACCCGUACGGGCAAGAGGAAGCUACGACGGGCGGAUACGGACAGUCGAAUCCAUAUGGCGGAACAGGAGCGCAAUACAACAACAGCACCAACAACUCCAACCCGUAUACGGGGGGCACUGGAAACUACAGCGCAUCCUCGAACCCCUACGGCGAUAACAGCUACAACAACAACGCACAACUCCAACCCCCAGCCCAACUGGCGCAUCAAACCUCAAACUACUCCGAAGUGUCCGACUACUCGCAGGAGCCCGCCUACCAGCCGCCGCCGCAACAGCCACCCGCGCAACCCCUCAGCCAGCAAGACUUCCUAGCCCGCAUCGAUGGCACCAAGCGGCGCAUCAACCAGCUCAGCAACAGCAUCCAAGACAUCGCAAACGUGCACCAGCGUCUCCUCUCCUCACCCGAAUCCACCUCCUCCUCCCAGCUCGAGAGUCUAGUGACAGACACCCAGGUGCGCAACACGCAGAUCAAAGACGAGAUCAAGUUCCUGGAAAAAGACGCCGCGCGCGCCGAUGCAUCGGGUCCCUCGUCGUUCAAGCGCACCCAAGUCGAAUCCCUCAAGCGCACAUUCAAAACCCAGCUGGAAGAUUUCCAGCGCGAGGAAGCAGAUUACUCGAAACGGUACCGCGAUGCGCUCGCAAGACAGUACCUGAUUGUCAACCCAGACGCGACGCAAGCCGAAGUCGACGAAGCCGCAAACGCCGACUGGGGUAAUGAAGGAAUCUUCCAGCAAGCCCUCAAAACCAACCGCAGCGCCCAAGGUGCGUCCGUCCUCGGCGCCGUGCGCGCCCGCCACAACGACAUCCAGCGCAUCGAGAAGACGCUCGGCGAGCUCGCCCUCCUCUUCACCCAGCUCAACGAGCAGGUCGUCUACCAAGAACCCCAGGUCCAGCAGGCCGAGCAGCAAACCGAACAAGUCACCACCGACGCCACCAACGCCAACAAGCAGCUCGACGAGGGCAUCAAGAGCGCGCGCAGAGCCAGGAAGUUGAAAUGGUGGACCCUGUUCGUCGUCGUGCUGAUCAUCUGUAUCAUUGCGCUUGUCGUGGGGCUGUAUUUCGGGUUGAGGAACCGGAAUAAUGGGAACGGGAAUGGAGGCGCGUAGGCUGAUGCACAAGUGCUGGGCGAUCAGGAAGCGAGGUCAAAGUAUAUGAUGUAAUAAUGUGCAAGGGACUGAGAAAUCAAUCGCACAUGACGACGAUAUGUAUAUACAUGCCCAUCCACGUGUGUGUAUUUGACAUGAACGGGGAAAAGAAGAAGACGACAACGACGAUAUAACGGCAACAACACCAAAAACCAGAACAACACUCUAAUAACCUCUUUCCAGUUCUCCUUUCUAUAGAUGGGCAACAACAACAAAAAAUGUGUAAUUAUAAUUUCUUUGCU